AUGACGAGACAGCGUGGCCAUGCCGGCCUCUUCACUCGUCUGGCUCUCACAUACUUUCUUUCCCUUAAAACGGCGACUGCGGCUACCCCUGACACUACCACCUGCAUCCCAGUUUCUGCUGCAAAUGCCAUCGCGAACGGUGGAUGUAGCCAGGUCAACGUUGGGGUACUCCAGGAUGCUAUUGCCCAAUUUGAUCCAAUCUUCGAUUAUGGCGGCGUACCCCUCGUGACCUCCAUCAAACAAACUGGCAAUAUCUUCGCUGCCAUCGAGUACCUCUGCACUGAUGAUAAGGCAAACACUCCAUCAGAGCCUGGGUGGACCAUCCGAUCACAGCUGAACAAUAUUGCUGCUUGCGACAGCGUUUGUGGAACCUACUACACGUCUGAUUCAUGCGCAUUCGCGGUCUUGUUAUGCGACCAGUCUAAAGGUGAUUGUGACGGUGCCAGUCUUUUACCAACCGGGAAGCCUAGUGGUCAACCGACCGCAGCGGAACUCCUAGCUUUAAUUAAGAGCCUUCAAAACCAAUACGCCGACCUUAAAGACGUUGUCCAAGCCUGGGUCGAUUCACUUUCAACGAGCACAAAGCUAAUCAAACGAGAUUCCUCAAGCCAAUAUGAAAUGGCUGUGUUUCGCUCGAAUAACCUUAAAUCCAACGUCCAGGAUGCACAAGGCCCUAUUGAAACAGCUUAUGCAGAGAGUGUUAUUAAUACAGACACCCACAACACUUUCAACGAAUUGGAGACCAACAUAGACUCGGAUACUGCAGCGCUAUUGGGAGCGAGUGCGACUGAUAUCAGCUUUGCUAAACAAUAUGCUGCCGGAAUUCUAGUCAAUCUGGGCUUGCUUGGAGUUCUCGCGGGUAUAUUGGCUGGUGCAGGUGGUGGUGGAGGAGGAGGAGGAAAUCCCCCGACCACAGGUGUUCCGACUGCCACUGCCACCACAACAGCCUCAUCCACGACAUCGAGCUGCGUGGCAACUGGGUCGGCUACUCCUAUCAUCAUUGUCACGAAGGAAGGCACGACGGAAGAUCAAUUCAACGCCCUGGUAAAGAGCCUACCAUCCAACUCGAAUAAUGUUCAACGAACAGAUGCCGAACUUGAUAACUGGAUAUAUCUUGCAACAAUCGACCAGUGUACGGCUGAGGGCCUUUGGUCGAACUCAAUUGUCCAGGCCAUGGCUACCGAUGCUGAGAUCAUACAAUCGGACGCUGAAGCCACUGAUCCGGUGGGCAGCACUAAACACAAGAAACGAUCUCGGACUCCAGAGCGAGAAGCGAGAUACACGAGAAAAGCCACGGCUAAAUCAUCCAGAGAUGUUGAUACUUCUACCGUUGAACGAGAUACAAUUCGGGACAACUCAAGUAUAGGGAGUCUUCAGAAGCGAACGGAUCCAGAUGAUCAAACACACUAUGUGGUUCAAGAUUCUAGCCCGGGUCACCUAGCAUGGAUCUCGCAGCUGUCGAGACAAACAGGAGUCACUGGCGCAUCUUACAGUGACUUCGAGCAAUUCCUAUACGAUGACAGAAGCAUGCGAUCUGUCAACCCUGACGUUGCUGUCUACGUAAUCGACACUGGAUUCAACAAUGACCAUGAUGAUUUUGGGUCGCGCGUCAUGAAACAGCUUUCGGGAGACAAUGCCGCUCAAUCUGAGGCAGAAAACAAUCACGGAACUUGCAUGGCCUCACUUGCUGUUGGAAGCUACUCGGGGGUGAAAAAAGAUGCCCAACUAAUCACGGUACAACUGAAAGUGAAUGACGCGAGGACUUCCAGAGUCUCCAACGCCAUAUUCACGUUCGUCGACAUCUUGGUACAUGCCAAGCAGAACAACUUCCAAGGCCGAUCUGUGGUUAGCAUGUCAUUUGGCGGCCCUAAAAGACUCUUGUGGUAUACGCCAAAUGAUCCCAAGAACACGGAUGUCUUCGCGAUCUAUCUCAAUUUAUUCUGGAAGGCCGGCAUUGUCACUGUCUGUUCUGCAGGAAACUUUGGGGACCACCCAGAUGCUAACGUUCAACGACUUGAUUUCCAGACUCCACGCAGCAACGGCGGUUCUGGCACCCCUCUAAUCGUUGUGGGAAACUCGCAGCCUGACGGAACGCCAAAUGCAAAGUCUCAGACUUCCGACCCAGACGGCAAGGGCAUCCUCUCGAUCUACAACCUGGGCACAAAUGUUCAGUGUGCAUUCAAGACCACCAAUAACGCAUGGGGCAGAGACCCUGAUGGCACCUCUCAAGCAACGGCUAUCACGGCCGGCAUGAUCGCGUACUUCCUCAGCAACGCCGACCUGCAGAAAGAGUGGGCAAACACCGGAGUCUCUAACCUGCCAAUGGCAGCUAAAAACUACCUGCUUGAUCUUGGGAAACAGCAGAAAGGACGCAGUUGGACAGAUGGUAUUCCAAGAGCCAGUAUCGGGGACAUGGUGCCGUGUCAAAAUGGAGUCGCUGGACCAGUUCCGAUUCCCAACUUCCAGGUACCCGGGGAUGGGACGGAUUUGACUCUCCAGACGACGCCCGUCACGAAUGGCCAGACAGUGGUGUUCAAUCCUCUGCCGCAAUGCUAUGCUUUAUAGUGGCCAUUCAAGCCUUCAUUCUGUCUGCACGUAUUUGGCCUCGAAAAGAGACGACUUGGACUUGCCUGUCUGCUCCGCAGCGUCGACCCAAGAAGUCGCAAUCUAUAGAUCUUCGAACAAAAAUGUAUAUUAUAUAAGCUGGAUACUACGUUUCAAAUUGUUGUCUAUCUACUG